UUGUAAACCGAAGUAGUUUUAACGCUAAGUUAUAACCAGCUGAAAACACGUUAAAUGACGUUAUAUGAAAAUAAUGCAUGUGUUUACUCUCCUGUGUAGUGACUCGGGUGCUUGUUCUUAGUUUGAGGAUUCACUUUAUUUUUCUGUAACGGUACACUCACCGGGCACUUCAUUGGGUAAACGUUGCUAGCACUAGGUUCGACCCCCAGAACUGCCUUCCUUAUUCAUGGUCUAUGUUGGCACGAUAGCAUCACACAGUUGCUGCAGAUUUGCAGCAGUUGCACAUUCAUAAUGAGUAUCUCCAAGUCCAGUUCAUCCCAGAUUUGGUGUAUUAGAUUGAGAUCUGGCGCCUGAGGAAAGCGGACUCACUAUCUUAGCCAAGAAGCCAGUUUGAGAUAAUGUGAGAUUUGUGACAUUGUGUAAUGAUACUGUUCUUAAUAGCAGUCAUAAGUUGGAUUCAGUGUAGUUAUAAAAGGAUUGACUUGGUUAGGAACAAUACUCAGGAACGCUGUGGUAUUUAAUUGAUUUUCAGCUAAGAGACCCAAAGUGUACAAAGAAUCUCUAACAGGCCAUUACACCACAGACAACAGCCUGAACCAUUGAAACAAGCCAGUAUGGAUGCUUUAAUGUAAUUUACACCAAAUCAUGACCUUACCAUCUGAAAUUUAGAACAGAAGUCAACAUUCAUUAGACCAGUAAUUUUUUUUUUUUUUUUUGCCAAUAUUCUGUUGUCAUGUGCUUGUGCAAACUGUAGCCUUAGUUUCCUGUUUUUAGUUGACAGGAGUGGCCCCCAUUGUGGCCUUCUGCUGCUGUAGUAAAUCUGUUUCAUGUAGAGCAUUCAGAGAUGCUCUUCUGCAUACCUUGGUUGUAACGAGUGAUUAUUACCUGGUCAUUCUACCCUUCCUCUGACAUUAACACUGUGUUUUACCCCAGAACACUGCCAUUGACUGGACAGUUUCUGUUUCAGAUCAUUCUCUAUAAACACUAGAGAUGGUUGUGUGGGGAAAUCCUAGUAGAUCUCCAGUAUCUAAACUACUCAGACCAGCCCAUCUAACACCAACAAUCGUGCCAUGUUUAAAGUAAUGUCAAUCAGCUUUCUUCUUCAUUCUGAUUUUAAGUUUGAAUUUCAGCAAGUCAGCUUGACCAUCUCUGUAUGCUUAAAUGCAUUGAGCUGAGAGUUUUUUCUCGUCCUGAGACUCACUGUUCAAAACAUAUUAGUUUUCUGAAGACAUGACCUUUUCAUACAUUUACAUCUUUUUUUAGUUCUUAAUUUUUUAAUGACUGGGCUAUUACGUGUAAAAAUGUAAUAGCCAAACUUAAUUCUUUAAAAAGAAAGAUUAAACACAUUGGGAUGUUGUCACACACACAGUUAUAUGAGUGUAAUGCACAGUGAAAUGCUUAUAUAUCAGGUCCUAGUGGAAGACAUAAAUAGAGAAGAAUCACUGAACUCAUUUAAUGGUUGGUUAACAUUAUGAACUAGUAGUUCAGCUAUAGGCCAAUUAUCCAGAAGUCGGUUAAUAUGUUGUGGGCAAGGGUGGGCUUUGUUUCUUUUAAAACGUUAAAAUGAGCAUUAAAGAGAGUGAAACCAACUCCCACUGUAUGAGCCUUGCUGAUGGUGCAUGAGUAGAAGACGAAACCCGUCUUGAUGUGGACGGUUCUCCUGCUUGUCUUCAGUUUUACCCUCCUGUCCGACAGGUGGCGGUACUGAACUUGUAGGCUGGUUUGCUAAUCCCUGACAAAGAAAAACAAUAACAAUUUAACGCGGUGACAAAAGUGAUUACCUAUUGCGCAUUUUCUUGCUAAUUAACAACCGUAUUUCACACAGAUGAAAGCUUGUGAAGAGUUGUAACUCGCCGUUACACUGAGCGACUGACGUUAACUAGCAAGUGUAACGCCGAAGCUAACAGAGGUUCAGCAGACGGUGCUUAUUUGAUGUCAUUUGGACUUGAAGCAUCAUCAAUUCCGUUCAGAGAGGAAUCUUCACUCAGUUUUUUUUUUUGUUUUUUUGUUUUUUUUUGGGUGAUGGAGUCAUCUGACAGCCAGGGGAAUCUCAAUCACAUGGUGGGGACUAUGGAGCCAAAUGAUGUUCCUGCUGCUGAAGGUGCCACCGGACAGAAAGACACGUCACCUGUAGACAUGCUGAGAAUAAAGCAACAGAUGUCCAACCAGUGCUUUGAGAUGGCAGUACAGCUCAACGCAGAAAAAAAUAAAAGGUCAUGCAGCACAUCUGAAGCAGAGAGAGACUUGCCAGAAUAUAUCGGUGAGCUUGAAAGGGUGAAGACGCUUCAUUUUAACAGCACACUGACCCUGCACAGAAUGCAGAUGUGGCACGCUAUCGGAGAAAAGCUGAACUGGAGUGACUCUGAAGCAGAUGCUCUGAAAGCCAUAAGUGACCGCUGCAUGGGUCUUUGUUCACACAUAAAACACCUUCAACAGGAGUCCAAAAAACUUCAAGAUGAGGUUACAGAAAUACAGAAGAACAGACUUGAGAUGAAACGGCUCACGCAUGAGAAGAUCAAACACAUGGAGGAGUCUUCAAAGAAAGAGUAUCCAGACAUGGAAAAGUACAAAGCUGCGUUGGAGAAAGGCCAAGCAAACCUGGAAAAAUAUAAAAAGAUGGCCAUCAUGACCCAAAAUGUCCUCAGGGGCAUUCUCUUGGCCUGUAAAGUCAACUGGCUUGAUGAUCCCAAACUUCGAGACAUCGCCAUGACACUCGAGGAGUUUCCCAUCUCUGAGUAAAGUGUGUGUGUGUGUGUGUGUGUGUGUGUGUGUGUGUGUGUGUGUGUGU